GGUCAAAGAGGACUUCCUGGAGAGCAGGGAUUCAGAGGACAACCGGGACCUGCGGGCCCUAAGGGUGAUGCUGGUGAAAAAGGAGAGGCAGGGAGACACGGAGACCCAGGUCCUCCCGGAUUGAUGGGCCCUCAGGGGCCCCGAGGGCUGCCAGGCAAUGUGGGUAUUCCAGGUAGCAUCGGUCCACCUGGUAUUGCUGGACAGAGAGGAGAGAAGGGAGAUGCUGGUAAAUAUGGUCCCCCUGGACCCCCUGGUCCAACUGGUGAGCCUGGUUUAAGAGGAGAAAUUGGUUUGCCAGGAAAAGGCAAAGAGGGACCAAAGGGUGAUUCUGGACCUCCGGGUCCAUCAGGACCUCCCGGACUGAAGGGUUUACCUGGUCCACAGGGAAUGCAGGGGAUGCCAGGAAAUAGAGGACCACCGGGAGAGGGAACCACUGGACCCGAU